AUGAUUGACAUUCUCAAUAUCAAUGAAGAGCCAAUCUUCGAUGAGCGCAUCAUCAAGAUUGAGACUCACUCGUACAAUCCGUUUGCCAACACUACAUUCGGGCACAGCGAUGAGAUAAGAAUACCAAUACAACAACAGGAUCUCUAUACGUUGCCGCAUGAAAGUUUUCUGUACAUCGAGGGAAAACUAACUACUGCUGUACAAAUCGAAGUAUCUAAUGUAGUACUGGGAAAUAAUUGUGUCGCGUUCAUGUUCGACGAGAUCCGAUAUGAACUUGAUGGUGUGGAGAUUGAUCGCGCCAGAAAUGUUAGAAUAACCAGCACGCUCAAGACCUAUGUCUCGUCAUCGUUUGAUAAAAUGAUGUCUCUGAAGAAUGCCGGCUGGGAUAUUGUGAACAAUGGAACCGGAGACUUUAAUUUUUGUGUGCCGCUCAGCAUGCUAUUGGGAUUCUGUGAAGAUUAUCAACGCGUG